AUGCAGGAUCCCAACAAUGAUAGACAUCAUGACCAGCUACUGAAUUCCCUGGCUUUACUGGAAGCUGUUUCAUCGAUGCCAGUCACCAAUGAAGGUUGGCCAGAGACGUUUGGCUUUGGGUUGGGUGGCACGGGCCCUUGUUACAUCCUCUGGGUUGAGCCAGGAAGUAGCGCCCAUGCAGCCGGUUUGCAGCCUGGAGACCAGAUUCUGGAAGUGGAGGGAAAACCAGUGUCCUUUCUGUCCUGCGAGUCACUAAUACAGCUUGGCCGGGAGUGUCUUACCGUACCACCGAGUAUUGGGGUCAUCUCCAGAGUUCAGAAUGUGGCAGUGACCAGGAAAAGCCAAGAGGAGAUUGGCUUGGCCCUGACUGGAGGGAGACCACUGGUGGUGGACAGUGUGGUUCCAGGUUCUCCUGCCUCCUAUGCUGGGGUCAGAGCCGGAGACUACCUUCUGGAGAUCAAUGAUGUUCCUGUGACUGAUUUAUCAGAGGCGGUCCAACUGAUUUCUUCCAGUGCAGAGGACUUUCUCCGCCUGGGCCUUCUGUGUGUUGGCCGAAGACAGAGACACAGCAGAGUGUAUAGUGCCAGUGGACGGGGAUCAGAAACCACAAGCCAGACACAGAGACUGAAGGCUCAGGAGUUUAAACAGAAACUUGAUGAGGUCCUUGGAGAUCAGCCGGCCCUGAAGGAGAAGGUGUUUGCGUUGUUAAAGCAGUAUGCGCAGGAACGCAAGGUGGACCGUCUGGCGUAUACGCUCCCCAUGAUACUGACCGAAGAGUCCCAGCACAGUCUGAUUGACAGCAUCAGAAUCUUUAUUCCCAAGAAACAUCGGCAGCGUUUUGACCAUGUCGUGUCUCAAAGUCUCAUCAGCAAGAUCUGUCGAACCAGGACUGAGCGCACCAACCGCCUCCGGAGAAGCCGCAGUGAGGAUCAUCAUGAGAGGCUGUUGGUGUCUACAAGGGCAGCACAAAUGCCAAACUGCCAGGACGAGCUGGGCAGGGGACUGAAGAAGAGCACUUCUCUAAUAGCUGGCAGUGUGGGCACAGGAAAGCCUCAUAGGACGGUGAGGGUGUGUAAAGGAAGCAGCAGCUUUGGAUUCACUCUAAGGGGAAAUGCUCCUGUGUGGAUUGAAUCUGUUGUGCCAGGCAGCCCUGCAGAAGCGGCCAAUCUCCGACCUGGAGAUAGAAUCUUGUUCUUGAAUGGCUUGGACAUGAGGAACUGCAGUCACGAGAAGGUGGUGUGCAUGUUGCAGGGGAGCGGGGCCAUGCCGACCUUAGUGGUGGAAGAGGGGAACAUAUCUUACUGCACAGACUCAGAUUCGGAGACCACUGUACCAACAUCUGCUCUCACCUCACUCCAAUGGGUGGCGGAGAUCCUUCCCUCCAACAUUCGCAUCCAGGGACGCAGCUUUAGCCAACAGCUGGAACACCUACUGACUCCCACCGAGCGGUAUACAGUCUGCAAAGGGCUAGAGAGCUUCUUCCAGCACAGGAACAUUGACACCCUGAUAGUGGAUAUAUACCCCGUCCUGGACACUCCAGCCAAGCAAAUUAUCUGGCAGUUCAUCUUCCAGCUGCUGACCUAUGAAGAGCAAGAGCACUGCCAACACAAAAUCGCUCGCUUCCUGGGCUACAAGGCAGCUGCCGGGGAUGCAGAUACAGCAGCACCACACCGAGGCUCUGUCCAUGGACAGGCAACGUAUCAGGGGAGCAUGAGAGCUGCCGAAGAAGCAAAACCAGUAACUCAGUGUGACCCAAUGGAAGUUCCUCCUCGAGUCCAUGGAGAACGACAAGCAGGAGAUGGGGACAUCAUACCAGAGACUCCCAACCCUAAAAUGAUGUCAGCAGUUUAUGCUGAGCUGGAAAAUCGUUUUAUUAACAGUUACCCAGGAAAAGUGAGCAGUAUGAGGUCCCGUGCAACAUGUAACCUCUAUCACACCACAGGAGAGCGGAAGUUAAUGCAGGACAACCCAUGGCAAAAUUCUGCACCCCCAUCCGUCCCGUGGCCUCAGCGGCCUCCCAGCGCCCCUUCGCCAAGCAGCUCCGAAUAACCCUACGUGAGUCUGGAUGGCAGCCUGCCUUCCCCAACUCACAGGAAGAUGUUCACCUUCUCACGGCCAAGUCGUUCUAGAGAUACAGAUCGAUUCUUGGAUGCGCUCAGCCGGCAGCUCGGGCAGAGUUUGACCAUUACUGACCAGUUUCUGACUCCUGAGAAUGAAUAUGAAGAGAUGACAUUUCAGGAUGAACAGCUGAGCUGUGCCCCACGUGAGAUUAGCACUACCAGCGACUCAAUGGGCAGCAGUGAAGACGGGAGUUCCCUCACCUAUUCAUCAGUGUCUGAUCACAUUCCACCACCACCUCCCAGCCCCCCUCCGCCUCCUCCUCCACCACCACACCACCCCAGGGGAGAACUCAAGAGGGAGAUCUCUAAAGGAGCGCCCCCUUCCUAUGCCCAGGCUUUGGGGAGCUGUAUACACCCCUUACCCCCAGCCCCUCCUCCUCUGCCUAUUCCUCCUGUUCCUCCCGUUCCUCCUGCACCACCUUUAGAGCCCCUGGCACGUCACAGCAGCAUGCACCGGAGGAGUGAAUCCAGCCAUAUGAGUGUGAAACGGCUACGUUGGGAGCAAGUGGAAAAUUCUGAAGGAACAAUAUGGGGCCAGCUGGGGGAGGAUUCGGACUAUGAAAAACUGAGCGAUAUGGUGAAGUAUUUGGAUUUGGAGCUGCAUUUUGGAACACAGAAACCUACGCUUCUUCCAGUAUUGCCAGAAUCCUUGAAAAACAAAGGUGCUGUCCAAAUAUUGUCACACAAGAAAGCCUAUAACACAGCUAUCCUUAUAGCGCACUUGAAGCUCACGCACCAGGAAUUGCGCCACAUCCUGAUGACAAUGGAGAAUGAGCGUCUGGAGCCCUCACACAUCAAACAGCUGCUGCUCUACGCACCAGAUGAGGAGGAGAAGAAAAUGUUUCAGGCCUACACUGGAAGUCCCACCAAGCUCAAUGAGCCUGAUCAGUUUGCUUUGCAGAUGAUGUCGGUCCCGGAGUAUAAGAUGCGCCUACGAAGUCUGCUAUUUAAGAGCACCCUGCAGGAGAAGACUGAGGAAAUUCGGGCAAGCUGUGACUGUGUCCUAAAGGCCUCAGUUGACCUCAGAAACAGCAAGAAACUCGCCAAGAUCCUGGAGUUUGUUUUAGCUAUGGGGAAUUAUCUGAACGAUGGACAGCCCAAAACGAACAGAACAACAGGUUUCAAGAUCAACUUCUUGAUGGAGCUCAAUACCACCAAGACUGUGGAUGGGAAGUCUACUUUUUUGCACAUACUUGCCAAAUCCCUCCGCCUGCAUUUUCCUGAGCUGCUAAGCUUUGCCAAGGAUCUUCCUACCGUGCCUCUUGCUGCCAAAGUGAAUCAGAGGUCACUUACUGCCGACCUGAGUGACUUACAUGUGACUAUCCAGGAGAUCAAAAAUGCCUGCAGCCGUAUGACCAGCUCGUCUGAAGAUAAGUUCUCCCUCACUAUGACUACAUUUCUGGAGAACACUUUUCCCUGUAUGCAGAGCCUGGACACCCUGCAGCACCGGGCGAUGGAAGAUUUCUUUAAAGUCUGCUCCUACUUUGGAGAGGAUCCCAAGGGCUCCACCACUGAGGCUUUUUUUGGAAUAUUUGCUGACUUUAUUAGCAAGUUUGAGAAAGCCUUCAGUGACCUUCACCUGGCUCCUGGGAACCCACCUCCUCCGGUAUGGUAACACACGAUGUUCAAUAGAGGACAGUGUUACAGCAAUGGCGGUUCAGCUGUCAUACCGUCACCACAUUGUGUGCUUUCUGCCCCGAAGAACAGCAGCCAAUGAUGACAGCAGAAAGUUGAGCAAGAUAUGGGAACAAAAACUGGCCUCUCAGAGGGCUGCCACCACCUUGGUUGCUCAACAGCAAGGAAGGCCGGAUUUUGGAAACAAGUUCAUAAAUUAUUGAUGAAAUAAGGAACAUUUUAUAGAAAAGGAAACAUUCUCACUAGCCGGGAACUAUAUGAAAUGUGUCUUAAUUCUGUUAUAUUCCCCUGUGUAUUGGACCACAGUGCCCGUUUUCUGUGGAUGUCUUGGGUCUUCUCAAAUGUUGAUAAGUUGCCCUGACAUCAGCUUUCUCCCUUUUGACCAAUCAAACUUCCUUGUUUUCACCAAGCCUACACAAUGCAAUAUUUUACCCAGCAAGAGAACUUGAUUCUUUAAUUAUUUGCUGCCAUUGAUAAUGUGGUGUCCAUAUCCGAUCAGUUACAGUUCAUGACAAAAUCUGUAGUAAGUCCGACUCGUCCAGCAUAGCCUUCCUAAAGCUGAAUUCCAGGCAGAUAUACAUAAAACAACAGUCAAAACAGUUAUGCAAUCAUUUAAAAUGUAAUUUAUUUUUACAUGCAAAUAAUGUAAGUACAUUUGUCCUGAUAAUAAGCCCUGUAAAAAUGUUAUGCAUAGCAGCACUCGGUUUGGGAGAGGACGGGACAGUGCUAGGGGCCAAUUAGGCUCUGCUGCAUACACAUGUGCUGAGAGGUGCAGGGAGCAGAGUGAUGAUGUCAUCAGCAUGCUGUUGCUUUUUUGUUGUCCAAUCAGCAUGAUAGGGGGUGUGUUCAGGACCAAACUUUGGGGUUGUUUCAAUGGAUGUCCAGGAUCUAGCUUUGCCCACUGUCGGGGAAUGGUGGAAGUGGCCGAACAGAAUUUCAAAUAAUCUGGCAGGUAAAAUAUUGAGCCAUUUCCAUGAUAUAUAUUUAAAAUGUAGGCUCUAUCUGUGCUAUAAACCAGCAGUUUUGGAUUCACUAGAACAGGGGUCUCCAGACUUUUCAAACCAAGGGCCAGUUCAUUGUCCUUCAGACUUUAGGAGGGCCACAUUGUGGCCUGCAGGGGCAGAAAACGUCCCGAGUCCAGCAUCAGUGAGAAUAAUAAAUAUGGCCUCAAUGUUGGUGGUCAGUAGGAGAAAUAGUAGUGCCCCUUAUUAAGAGCAAUAGUAUCCCAUUGAUGGUAUCAGUGGAAGAAAUAGUGCCCCCUUGUUGGUGUCAGUGGGAGGACUAGUGCCCCAAGGGCCAGAUAAUGGCUACUCGGGCCGCAGUUUGGAGACCCAUGUUCUAGAAUAUAAAGGAAUAAACAAUGUGAAUGGCUCCAACCACUGUACCUAACGGUAAAUAUUACCUAUCUGUGAUGGAAGGGAUGACAGGUGAAUAUCUUCUUUUUCAGUGAGGCAAUCCCAUACUAGACAUUAUUUGACCCACUUUAGCAAAUUUGCUCUUCUUAACACAAUGACUUAAAAUAUUUUUUUUCAUGCUGUUUAGGCAUAAUACUAUUAAAAGAGAGGUAUGUUUUUUUUCCAGAAUCAUACUU